GAGUCAGGCGGGGCUGAGUCAGACGGAGCCGGGGCCGCUGGCAGAGAGGAGCGCACCGCACCGCUCCGCACCUCAGCGCGGGGAAGCCGCGCCAUGGCCCGGACGCUCGCCCUGCUGGCGCUGUGCAUGGCGCUGGGACGCCGUGGAGUCUUUGCCAGCCCAUCGGAGAAACUCACACAUGUGGUCCAAUAUGAAAGGGUGACACCUCGCAGAGUGCCUGCAGCUACUGGGAAAAGAGACCUUUCUGCUCAACUCAACACGUAUCCGGACCACGUUCAUUACAGCAUCCGUGCAGAAGGGAGGGACUAUGUUCUCCGUCUGGAAAAGAACAGGGGACUGAUUGGGGAGCACUACACUGAAACCUAUUACUCAGAAAAUGGCACCGAGGUCACUGAGAGGCCAGACACUCAGGAUCACUGCUUUUAUCACGGGGAUGUUCACGGACACAGUGAUUCAGCGGCAAGCAUCAGUACCUGCAGAGGACUCAGUGGAUUUUUCUGGGCCGAUCAAACAGUCUAUUUAAUUGAGCCGUUGGGAGGUGAUGAUAAGGGGGAGCAUGCGGUGUACCGAGCGGAUCACCUGAGAGUGAAGCGUGGGACCUGCGGAGAUGCCAAUGUCACUUUGGAAUACGACCAUGAACCGAAAGUUGCUGCCGCAAUGAAGCCCCAUCACUGGAAAUCGGCUCCAUUUCAGAAAGGGACCAGAUAUGUGGAGUUGGUCUUGGUCGUGGACAAUGCGGAGUACAAGAAAUCCAAAGACAUGCGGAUGAUUCAGAAUCGCAUGAAGGAAAUUGUAAAUCAUGUUGACAAGCUUUAUCAGACUCUUAAUAUCCGUGUGGCCUUGAUAGGCCUGGAAGUCUGGAGUUACAAAGACAGGAUCACUGUGAGUCCAAACCCAGACACCACACUGGACAAUUUUCUUCACUGGCGAGAGUCUGAACUGUUACAAAAGAAGAAGCAUGACAAUGCCCAACUGAUCACAGGCAUAGACUUCCAAGGCACAACGGUGGGACUGGCCAAGAAGUAUGCAAUGUGCACCAGGGACUCAGGAGGAGUAAAUCAGGACCACAGCUUGAAUCCUAUAGGAGCUGCCUCAACCGUGGCUCAUGAGAUGGGACACAACCUGGGAAUGUCUCAUGAUGAAGACGUUGGUGGCUGCAGCUGCUUGGCCCCAAAGACCGAUGGAGGAUGUGUUAUGGCAGCUAGUGUUGGCAUGAUUUACCCAAAGUACUUCAGCAGCUGCAGUGUAAGUGACCUGCAGAAGUUUCUUAGUGAUCCCCGGACUAGCUGCUUACUGAAUAUCCCCAAGGCUGAUGAGCUGUACGGGGUGCCUGUCUGUGGAAACCAGUUUGUAGAGCGAGGGGAGCAGUGUGAUUGUGGGACACCCAAGGAAUGCAGGGAUCCCUGCUGCAAUGCCACCACCUGCCGACUAAGUGACGGAGCAGAAUGUGCUCAGGGAGAAUGCUGCCAAUGGUGUAAGGUGAAGGCUGCUGGUGUGUUGUGCCGUGCCCGUAAGAACAGCUGUGAUCUGCCCGAGCACUGCACUGGCCUCUCAGCAGAGUGCCCGGAGGACGUCUUCCAAGAGAAUGGUGUGCCAUGCCAGUAUGGGAAUGGCUACUGUUACAACGGGGUGUGCCCCUCGCACAGCGAGCACUGCCGCACGCUCUGGGGUGCAGAGGCCCAGGUGGCCCCUGAUAUCUGCUUUGAGUACAAUGGCCGCCAGAAGGACUACCUGCAUUGCUUGACAGAGAACGGGAAAAGGCCCUGCAGCCCAAAAGACAUUAAGUGUGGCACGCUGCAUUGCCUGAGUGGGAACAGGACCCCCAUUGGAGGGGGUGGCGUCUACUCCCUGUCUCUCGGGGGGGUGACCUGCAAAGCAGCUGUCACUGACAAGGAAGAAACUGAUGUGGUGGCGAAUCUUGCGCUAGUGCCAACAGGCACCAAGUGUGGGGAAGAAAUGGUCUGCUAUGCCGGUCGCUGCCAGGACCUCCUGAUUUACGGUGCCAAAAACUGCUCUGCAAAGUGCAACGGUCACGGGGUCUGCAAUCACAAGCGGGAAUGCCACUGUGAGCCCGGCUGGGCUGCGCCCUACUGCGAGCGGAAGCUUUCAGAGAUUGCAUCAGGUGGAAGCAACAUGGUUGUGGCAGCCGUGCUGACAGUGGUGGUGCUGGUAGCCAUACUGACCAUCGGAGGCUUUGUGUUCUACAAAGGCAACGCGAAGAAAUACUUCCAGAAAGGGAGGAUUGUGACCACCACCACCAAUGGGCUCUCCAACCCCUUGUUUCAAGAGGGAAGCAAUACUAGGAACGUGAGGCAUGAGCUUCAGAGUUGUGACAUCAGCAGCCCAAAUCUGAUCGCCACAACCUCAGACCUGAAGAGCCCCAGGUCUGUGUACGUGCCCAUGACUCCCAGCAGGCCGCCGCCCGAGCCUCCUGCGGUGGCCAGUAGUGCCUGUCAGAGUUCGCUAGCAUAUCCAGCCAAACCUGUGCAGGUUGGAGUUAAACCCAACGUGGCACCUCCCCCUCUGGUCUCUGCAAAGCCCAAACCAGCUGCUGGCGAGGUGAAGCCGAAGCCACCGACCCGGCCUCUCCCCGAGCUGAGAAGCAAACAGUGUAAGGCAGAUAAGCUGAAUGGCUGUAGUAUGGAUGGGACCAAAUUGUCAGCUCUGCCUAUCCCGCCUGCCAAACCUACUGCCCUGAUGUGUCAAUCCAGUCAGCCCCAGCAUAAGGCAGAUAAGCUGAAUGGCUGUAGCAUGGAUGGGACCAAAUUGUCAGCUCUGCCUAUUCCGCCUGCCAAACCUACUGCCCUGAUGUGUCAAUCCAGUCAGCCCCAGCAGGCUGCUUCCUUGAAGGUGGCACUGAAGCCUCCAGCUUCACGGAGAUGACCCAGACUGUGGCAGCUGGGACAGCAAGGCGUGGCUGGCUCCAGUGUUUCUCUAGAAUGAUUGAGCAUUUCUGCUUCUUGCUUAAUGGUACUCGACUCACUUAGCAGAGUCUUCCUUCAAGGUCUUGAGUGUUUACAUGAAAUGCUUGACUCA